UUUAACUCUAUAAAAAAAGUAUUUUUCGCAUAUCGGAUUAUCCAAAUCCGAAAAUUUAGAUAUCCAAAAUUUCGGAUCCGGAUUUUUUUAACACCCCAAAUUGCAGGCAAGUUUGUCUUCUUCUUCAACUUAAGGUUUGUAGAAGUGCAUGGAAGUAGACUGUUAAUCUUGGUUAUGUGCAACAGGGACACAAAGAAUGGGUUACAGAAAUUAGUAUUAUUGGGGUGGUUAAGCAUCCAAACCUUGUCAAACUACUUGGUCACUGCAUAGAUUACAAUAAGAGAGGAAUUUUUUUUUUAUUUCAACUUUCAAAUUUUAUUGGCGUUCAACAUUUACUCAAUACGAUUACAAACUAAUGGCAGGUAGACGAGCAACAAGCUGCGCCGCUACCCCUUUCUGAAUAGCAAACCCUACCCUGCUAAACAUAAAAUUCUGCCCCUUAACAUGUGCGGUGUUACUGCUUACCACCUGUUGAACUCGCUUUAGGAACCGCACGCGUCAGGGGACCAUAAACUGCUUUUAGUCUAUGAAUAUAUGCAUAAUAGAAGUGUGAGAGAUUAUUUGUCUUCACAAUCAAAAACGCCGCUCUCAUGGAACAGGCGACUCAAAGUUGCGCAAGGUGCUGCUCGUGGCUUGACAUAUCUACACGAAGAUAUGGACUUUCAGAUUGUUUUCAGAGAUUUCAAAUCUUCCAACAUUCUUCUGGAUGAUGGAUGGAAUGCUAAGCUUUCAGAUUUUGGGUUGGCUCGAUUAGGUCCUCGACAAGGGCUCACGCAUAUCACAACCAUGUUCGCUGGGACGAUGACAUAUGCAGCUCCAGAGUACAUCGAAACAGGGCAUCUUUCAACUAAGUGUGAUGUAUGGAGCUACGGGGUGUUCCUAUUUGAACUUAUCACCGGUAGGCCCCCAUUGGAUAAAAACCGGCCACGAAAUGAGAAGAAACUUCUAGAAUGGGUGAAACCGUACCCAGACAUCAAAAGGCUCAGGCUAAUUAUCGAUUCAAGGCUUGAAGGUAAUCACUCGAUUAAAUCAGCACUAAAGUUGUCCUAUAUAGCUAGUCGUUGCUUGAGUAAAGACCCGAAGUUGAGGCCAAAUAUGAGUGAGGUCCUAGAAAUGGUUAACCAACUUAUUUCGGUUCCAUCAUAAGAAACCCAUCCUGCACAACCAUCUUCUUAUUUGAGAUAUGUGUUAUGCGUAUCACCCAAUAGCUUUUAUCGUUAUGGGUGAGAUUCUACUGGGUAAUAAGGUAUUAUUGUUGUUGCUAUCAUGGCUGACGAGACUCAACAUAACUCAUUGUAUAAAGGUGAAAGUGGGUCCACCGAUAUCUACUCUAGCCUAUUGAAAACUUUGUUUACAAAAGUGUGUUUCAUUUUGCAUCACUAAAAAUGUAUAGAAUCAUUUACUCUAGACAAUGGUGUGAGAUAAAUAGCCAU